AUGAACGAGGCGCUUACGGAACUUCUAAGGGCCCUUACCCUCAACAUUCCUGAUAUAGCCUGCCGAUGGACUUCCGCUCGAAGGCCGUUCGCAACUCUACCGUUUGGACAAAACGAAUUGACGGCGUGCACGGAUGGCUAUCUUAAAGGGAUUAUCGUUGAUGAAACGUUCACCAUUGUUAAGGCAAAAGCGGCGAGCCGAGAUCGAAAGCCCGCUUGGAAGCACUCGGGGCCACUCGCAGCCAGCUGCACAGCGAGUAAGAAAGCUCUGCUAUUCCUACGUCUCGCCGGCGAGCAUAGCAUGACCGAUACGGAAGCGACCACUCUAUUCCAGCAAAGGCAGCAAAUGCUCCCAGCAUACAUGAAUAAUACGCUGUCAAAUAUCACAACCGAAGCAGAGGCCGCGCACAUCAGAGACGCACUCCACUUUGCGCAGAGCCUACCCGUCUUCUCAACGGCAGUGAGCAGCAAGGAGCGUGAUGAUCCCGCAAUUAAUAUCUUUAGGCGUCUACGCAACGAAUGGGCCAAACUGCUACCGGCACGGCAUCCCAGCAGCGACCCGGAACCAUCCACGACGCUCCACUAG